CACACAAAAAGAGGUCAUGCGUGUUGCACUGCGACCGCGCAGGUAAAACUGAGCAUCAGCAGAUUUGAUUUAGCUGUGGGCUAUUAUGAUCGCCGAAUGACUAAAUGCACGUGCCAAAACAAUUUUUUUGGACUUUUGAAAUUUAAAACGUAAAACAAGGAAAAUACCGAGUUAAUCAGUAAGUGUGAGCAACCAUAAAAUCACAAAGCACAUAUUUACAUAGUUUUUAAUUAUGCUAUUACUGCAUGUUUUUACCCAGCAUAAUACCAAAAUGUGGGGUUUGAAUAAAUCAAUGGCGCUCCCAUUAAUUUCACAGAGGAAAUAUGAUUUGGGAUAUGCGUGUUUGGAGUCACUCGGCUCGUUUCCCCAUGUCUAUUGCACCCUCUAGCGGUUGCUUGGUGCUCUGCCUGGGUCUGUCUGCCUUCUCCCUGCUGCUGCAGAACCUCUGGAUGCCACUGGAUGUGUCUAAAGAUGAGCCUGUUGGGAGGUCCCCCGCUGAAGAUCGCGGUCUGGGUUUUCGCAGGCUGGCUCUCCGCUUAGAAGCUCUUAGUACGCAAGUGCAGAGCCUGAGGAGGGAGCGAGAUGCUAAGGGGACCUCAGAGGAUCUCCACAAGCUUCUCCAGAGCUUUAGACAGGACCAGCAAGGCUUGGCCCGCUUGGUCGAAAGGGAGCUGAAGAGGGUUGCCCAGAGGCUGGAACAGUUCAACCAUCAUCAUCAUCAUCGCCUCCCUCACCCCCAGCCGACACGCGAAAAUCUAAGAAAAGAGCCCAAGGAGACGUGUGUGGUACCCGUGGAUCCUGCAUAUCCAGUGUGUGCAGAGAAAGUUGAGUUCCUGCUGGCCAAAUGGCAGUCAGACCCCUGCUAUGCCUUUUAUGGCGUGGAUGGUACAGUCUGCUCCAUACUAACUUACCUCAGUCAAAUAGAAAACUUCUGCCCCGCUCAACCUGGCCGGAACCACACUACUCCCCCUUGGCAUCAGACAGUCCAGCCCUUCACAAAGAAGGCGGAGAUCCGCACGAGCGUGAGUUCCCUCUAUGAAGUCCUCAGCAACGGCAGCGGCGGCCCUGCAGUCAGAUUCAUGCGCUCCAGAGUGGAAAUGAUGUCGGAGUGCUGGAGACGGGCUGCUCUCGCCAUGAGACUGCAAAGCAACAGGACACUUACAUCCCUCAUGAGGGUACUGCUUUAUCCCGGCGCCCUUGCCGGGGGCGCAGGGCAACAUUUUGAAGCGAUGGUGGAAAGAGGUGGUCCUCUUGGAGAGCUGGUUCAGUGGGCAGACCUUAGCGCCUGCUUGACCGUACUGGGCCACAAUGUGAGCCUCACCACCUCGCAAUAUCGCCUCCGCAGACUGAUAGGUGCCGCUCCAGGCCGAGGUAGCUGCCCGAUCAAGGGCCCCAUGUCGUUUGACCUCAUCUAUACUGACUAUCAUGGUCUUGCUCACCUUCGAGGGGCCAUGGGACUGGCUUUCCAAUAUUACCAGUGUCGCUUCAGAAUUCUGGACUCCUUUGGCACCGAACCGGCCUUUAACUUGGGCAGCUACGCUCAGCCCCAUGGUUUUAAAACGCUUUGGGGUAGUUGGGGCCUCCAACCUCUGCAGUACAUGACCAUGUUCCCGCAUACACCUGAUAAUUCUUUCCUGGGCUUUGUAAGUGAGGACGCGGUGAGGGCGCAGGAGUCCGACCUCAAUAGGAAGGAGAAGAUUGCCGUCAUCUAUGGCAAACAGGAGUACAUGUGGCAGGGAAUCUAUGAGUACAUAAAGGUGAUCGGCGAGGAGCUGGAGACCCACGCGACUGUCUACGAGCCACCCGGACACGUCUCUACCUUACCCGGCUUUGUAAGAAACCACGGUCUGCUCUCUCAGCGACACUUCCUGAGACUCCUCCGCAGAGCUAAGGUUUUCGUAGGUCUCGGUUUCCCCUAUGAGGGUCCAGCUCCCAUCGAGGCCAUUGCUCUUGGUUGCGUCUUCCUACAGCCACAGCUGAACACGCCUCACUCCUCAGACAAUAACGACUUCUACAAAGGAAAACCCACAACAAGAAAGAUCACUUCGCAGCACCCGUACGCUGAAACAAUCAUAGGUCGACCUCAUGUGUGGACGGUGGAUGUGACCAACAAAACCCAAGUACGGGAAGCAGUCAAACAAAUUCUACGUACAGAGGUGAAGCCUCGAACGCUUCGAGAGUUCUCUUGUGACGGAAUGCUGGAGCGGGUUCAUCAUUACAUCACUCAGCAGAGUUUCUGCACUCCAUCAGUCGCCACAUGGCCGCCAGAAAGUGCGCUAAGGUUGCACAUGGGUCCCCUCGGUCAGUCCUGUGUAAGCGUCUGUAAGCGCGCUUCGCUGGUGUGUGAGCCCUCGCAGUUUCGCCGCCUCAACAAUCCCGACGUGUUCGCGAGGCUUUCAAUCAGUUGUUCCAGCAUGGCCCACGAAGUCAAUCACAUCUUCCCCGCUUACACGCCAUGGGGUCGACACUGUCGCCUCCAGCAGGAACCACUGUUGUUCAGCUGUGCCGGUUCUGACCCUUCUCACCGCCGCUUGUGUCCGUGCAGAAUUUACCAACCUGGACAGGUGGCACUCAUUCCUGACUCCAUCUCGGACUUGUAGAGCAGUUUUUCCUAACCUUUACUUGACCCAAUAUAAAUAUUGUUGUACUUUGGAAAAAUGCCGCGAAAAAAGCCAUUUGUGCACCUUCCGCCACCUAGUGGAGGUGCAUCUUAUUGUUCCGCCUGUCACUAUUUGUUGCUGGCAUAGAUACACAAACAAACAUCAAUGUAGGAGAUAAUUUUGGGAGCAAUCUGUCAUAUUAAUCGCUGCUAAUUGUACAACAGGAAGUUGAAGAGGCUUCAAGCUGUUUAUUGCCACUUUCAGUUGAUGUUUGUCAUACUGAACAUAAAUCAAAGACAAUUACGGUUGUUUAAUUUUAGCAACUAUCCAACUUUGCCUCAGGAAAGCCUGCUGGCUUCAUGCUAACACACCUUUAAGCAACAUAUUUGGUCACAAAUGAUAGCAACAAAUGAAGACAGACAAAUUUUUAUCAACACUCUCAAAGGCACAUCUUCCAAAACUGCAAAUUAGUGAGUCACUUAGAGAUGAAACUCUUCUAUGUUUGUGUGUGUAUACUAUACUGCCACCCGUUUGCCAAUAUGUGCACACCAAAAUGAGUCCAAAGUGG